AUGCUGGAGCUGGUGAUUCAGCUGGAUGGCUUCAGCAGUGACGACAGAAUCAAGGUGGUGGCAGCCACCAACCGAGCUGACUUCCUGGACCCGGCUCUCAUGCGCUCGGGGCGACUCGCCCUUCCUGCCCUCUCACCUCUCACCCCACUCACACCGUGUCAGGUGGUGGCAGCCACCAACAGAGCCGACAUCCUCGACCCCGCCCUCAUGCGCUCGGGGCGGCUGGACAGGAAGAUCACACAUCCCACAUCCCACCGAGGAGGCUCGGGCUCGCAUCCUGCAGGUGAGGCGCGUGCAAGGGCUCUCAUGCUUGCUGCAGGUGAAGGGAGCUCACGGACAGAGUCAAUAGCUGGUGGAGGUGGUGGUGCUACCAAUGACACACACGGAGCGGUCCGCGUCACUAGGCAUCAAGCCUCCUCUCUCCCUUCUCGCUCCGCUCCCUCUGCCCACCUCCCUUCUGCACCUCCCCCAAUCAACCUCUGGUCCCUAUCAUCCCUCUUCCGCCCCUCCCUCUCCCUCUUGCACUGCAUCCCAUGCGCAGAUCCAAGAGCUGGUGGAAGCAGUGGUGCUAUCCAAAAGCUGGUGGAGGCAGUGGUACUGCCGAUGACGCACAAGGAGCACUUUGUGUCACUAGGCAUCAAGCCGCCCAAGGGGGUACUGCUGUACGGCCCUCCCGGCACCGGCAAGACGCUCAUUGCGAGGGCGUGUGCCGCUCAGACCAACGCCACCUUCCUUAAGCUGGCUGGACCGCAGCUGGUUCAGGUGAGGUGGAGUGGAGUGCGGGCGUGUGCUGCUCAGACCAACGCCACGUUCCUUAAGCUGGCAGGCCCGCAGCUCGUGCAGAUGUUCGUAGGAGACGGGGCGAAGCUAGUGCGGGAUGAGUUUCAGCUGGCAAAGGAGAAGUCGCCGUGCAUCAUCUUCAUUGAUGAAAUCGACGCCAUCGGCACCAAACGAUCUGUUAGUGAAGUGAGUGGGGAUCGUGAGGUGCAGCGAACGAUGCUGGAGCUGCUGAGUCAGCUGGAUGGUUUCAGCAGUGACGACAGAAUUAAGGUCGUGGCAGCCACCAACCGGGCCGACAUCCUCGACCCGGCUCUCAUGCGCUCGGGGCGGCUGGACAGGAAGAUUGAGUUCCCUCACCCCACCGAGGAGGCGCGGGCUUGCAUCCUGCAGAUCCACUCACGGAAAAUGAACCUUCACCCAGAAGGGUGA